AUGGACCCCGUUAAGACCAAGGAUAUCGCCCAAGAUGCUAAGGGCAAGCCCUUGAGCAGUGUCGAGGAAUAUCAGCUACGAUGGGCGCAACUGAUGGAAGAUACCACCAAGCAGAUCCAAAAGAUUCGAGAUCAUCGAUGCAGGGAGCGGAAGUUGACAGCUAUGGUAGAUGAGGAGAAAGCGCGACAGUCCACCCAGGCCUCGAAGCCAUGA